AUGGGAAGCGGGUGUUGUAAGAAAACGCAAAUUUAUGAUGCUGCAGUGGCUGUCGUGCAAACACAAAAUGUAGUUGCAACAGAAACACCCUAUGGCUAUGUGUUCAUUUAUCCAGGUGCCCCAACACCCCAUCAGACGUAUACAUGUCCAAUGCUUUCUAUUCAUACGUACUAUCAUUCAUCACAGAAAACUGAUGUUGAUUAUGCAACGGCACAGCUUUCGAACAAAAAGAAGCAUAAUAAACAGUUUGAUCCUGUAUCUAAAGCAAAAGAAGAACAUUUGGCCUCAGAUGAAACUGUUCUUAUGAUUCCAGUCGAAGAUGUUAUCAAUAUUUAUUAUACUUCUGAUGUUAAGAAGAGUGUUAAAGCAGAAGAACAUUCACGUCGUGUACCUGUAGUAGCACAAAAUGGGUGUUGUAGUUGUUGUAAGGAUGAUCCGGAACCGCAACGGGAAACGACA